AUGGGAAAACUCGACGUUGCAAUGUUGCGUUACUUAACUGGUGAGGAUUUUCGAGUUUUAACUGCGGUUGAAAUGGGAAUGAAGAACCAUGAAUUAGUGCCAGGGUCUUUAGUUGCUUCAAUUGCCAAUUUACGUCAUGGUGGAGUCCACAAAUUGAUGAAGGACUUAUGUAAACAUAGGUUGCUCACGUACGAGAGAGGAAAGCAAUAUGAUGGUUAUCGGCUCACAAAUUCUGGCUAUGACUACUUGGCACUUAAAGCUUUGACAAACAGAAAAGUAAUUGCAUCAUUUGGAAAUCAGAUAGGUGUGGGAAAAGAGUCUAAUAUUUACAUAGUAGCAGAUGAAGAUAGAACACCUUUAUGUUUGAAAUUACAUAGACUUGGUCGUACCUGCUUUCGUAAAAUAAAAGACAAGAGAGAUUACCAUGCCCACCGCAAUCGUGCCUCGUGGCUUUAUUUAUCAAGAAUUUCAGCCACGAAAGAGUUUGCAUACAUGAAGGCUUUAUAUGACAGAGACUUUCCUGUACCCAAGCCAAUAGACUUUAAUCGACACUGUGUUGUAAUGGAGCUUGUAAAUGGAGGACCAUUAACACAUGUAACCUCAGUAUCAGACGUAGAAUGGCUAUAUGAUGAGUUAAUGGGUCUAAUAGUCCGUUUGGGGAACUGUGGUGUCAUACAUGGAGAUUUUAAUGAAUUCAACAUAAUGAUUGAUGAAGAUGGACACCCAAUUAUCAUUGAUUUCCCUCAAAUGGUCUCCACUCGGCAUCCUAACGCUGAACAAUAUUAUGACCGUGACGUACGCUGUAUUCGUGAAUUCUUCAAGAAACGAUUCAGUUAUGAGAGUGAAGAGUACCCAAGGUUUUCAGAGUUGGAAAGAGAUGACGAACUUGACACUGAAGUAUCUUGUUCUGGAUACAAACGGGAUGUAGCCAUUGAAAAUGAAUUGCUUCAGGAAAUGGGUAUUGGUCUUGAAGUCAUUGGUGAUGAACAAAGUGAUACAGAGGAUACUAACGAAAACUCCACGAAAAUGGAUGAAGAUGAAAUAGCUUGUCUAAGACAAGAGGUUGAAGCAUCUAUUCAACACGAUGAAACUGUUCAGAAACUUACCGAAAGAACAGACAAUUUAUCAUUAGAUGAUGAAGUGCCUACUUUGGUAUUAAAUCCAUCCACUGAACCUGAUACAAAAGAAAAUACAGAAGAUAACGAAGAGAACAAAGAAGAUAAAACAUCACAGAAGUACAGACUGGCGAUGAUAGAAAAAGCUUUAUCUGAUGUAAGAUCUAUGAGAUCGUAUACCUCUGCAAGUACGAUAGCCCCCGAGGUGGUUAAAUCGCAAGUAAAGAGAAAUCUAGAACAGAGGCAGAAGAAGAUGGAAAGAAAGAAGGCGAUUGCGAAAGGGGAAGCUAGUGCUGUCACAAGACAAAGAAGAGACAACACGGAGACCAUCAGAGAGAGUCAUGGCCUGUGGGGUUGGGCAGAAUAG